AUGAAAUCUGCCAAAUUAAUUCUUGUGUUGUUGACUUUAUUGGCGGUUAUUUACAGUGUACAUUCAUACGAAAAAAAGAGAGCAGACUCCGCUAGCUCAGGACCAAGUGCCGCUGCCACAGGAGCAAGUGCCGCUGCCUCAGGACCAAGUGCCGCUAGCUCAGGACCAAGUGCCGCUGCCACAGGACCAAGUGCCGCUGCCACAGGAGCAAGUGCUGCUGCCUCAGGAGCAAGUGCUGCUGCCUCAGGCGCAAGUGCUGCUGCCUCAGGAGCAAGUGCCGCUGCCUCAGGAGCAAGUGCCGCUGCCUCGGGAGCAAGUGGAGCAGGUAGCGCAUCUGGAUCUGGUUCUAGUGCAACUCCAACUGGCGCUUCGUCAACAACCAAAACUUCAAGCGCUGCUUCGCCUAACCUCAGAAACGAUAUAAAUCAUUACGUAUUCGUUUUCGCUGGUUCUCACCCGAUUGACGAAGAAUUGUCCGUCAUUGGACGUUAG